AACCCGAUCCAGCUGUAACAAAGCAAAGCACCAUCUUCAUUUCCCCAAUCGGCAGCCGAAUUAGAGAGAGAGAGAGAGUUAGAGCGCGAGAGAGAGUUUCGAGAGAGAUGGCAUCAGGAUGGGGAAUAACCGGAAACAAAGGCAGAUGCUACGAUUUCUGGAUGGACUUCAGCGAAUGUAUGUCUCGCUGUAGAGAGCCCAAAGAUUGCUCUCUUCUUCGCGAAGACUAUCUCGAAUGUCUUCACCAUUCCAAAGAGUUUCAAAGAAGAAACCGGAUCUACAAAGAAGAGCAGCGUCAACUGAGAGCAGCAGCGUCAAAAGCAAAAGGGGAAGUUGGGCAUGAAGUUCAACCCCACUAGUAUUGUAUUUGACAUUCACCCUUUUGGAGUUUGCAAUAAUGAUUGUUUUUUGCAAUCUAAAUAGAUGGGAGUUCAGUAAAAAUAUUAUUGUCAGUCCUUUUGUUGUUGAGAACUGAACUGAACUGAACAAAUGUCUUGUUUUGGUUUGCAUGAUAUUGUCUAUCUUUACUUUUUCUCUGACAAUUAUAUCAAUGCUGCUUAUGAAAUUAUUAAUUUUUCUCGAAA